AAGUUUGUUUCUGUUGGAACUGGCCGAACCUAUGUCUUUGCCUCAUCCCUCAUUUGGUGAAGAGUGAACCCUAAUCUCCAUAUACCACAGUUGCUACCCACUGUACACCUCUGCCAAUGCUAUGUCAUGAUGCUCAUUAUUGUCCAAACUCUGUCCAUCAUGCUAUUGAACGCCCAGAAUGCAUGCACAAUGCAAGUUGCCUCUGCUCAUAGCUUAACACUAUCCAUGCUGCUCACUUGAAUCUUACAUGUCACGUGUUCCACCCCCUUAUUUUGAACCUAUCAUGAUAACCUGGAUUAUCAUGACUUUCUUUCCAAUCCUUAAAAACAUUAGGUUAGCUCAAAUUGUAAGAGUUAGGGGACAUAAGGGUGGGUGAGAUGAAUGGUGAAGGGUCCCGAGUUCGAACCCUGAGGAGAAACUAAUUUACUAACAUUAUUAACCACUAACAUUUUCCUAUAAAAAAAGUUAGGGUAGAAAUGAAACAUAUCAGGAACAUUAAAUUAAUAAAGCAUCCAUCAACACUUUAAGAACAAGAUUCUUACUCUUAUUUCUCUGCCUUCAUUGCGGUGCUGCAGCCACCAUACUAGAGCAUCUUCAAAAUGGAGUGAGAAUCAGAAUAGAAAAUAAUGGAACUCAAAAGUAAAGGGUAGAAGUGACAACAUCACAGAGAAUAUAUUCUCGCUGACAUCUAAAUAAACAGAGCCAUGGAUUCCCAAAGUGGACAAAUGAAGCAAUAUUUACACCCCAAGUAAUAAAAGAAUAUUUGUAUGAUCAAUUGAGGAGGAAGGGGAACCCAAGUGCUGAAACAUGAGCAAUUUCACACCUUUGCCAGGGCGUUGGAGGAGAGGUGUUAGAGCCUAUGAUGCUCACACAACCAACACCAGUGAAUCCAACGAAGUGCUUGUGUAUUAUAGAUCUCACUCUACAAGGGUCAACCAGGAUGAGAGGAGUUCAGGUGUACUAGAUCCACUGCAGUGGUGGGAAGUCAGAACUCCUACAAGACACUACACUUUACCAAAUUUUCCAGCACAGCAACACAGCCACAGCAGGCAACAAACCAAUGUUCCCAAUGGGGACAUGGGAAGAGGCUUCAACCCUAGGCUAAGACAGAUUAUCCAGCAGCCACAUUCAAGAUCCACACUCCAAACAAGCAUACAAGCUCCCCAAGUGGAAGAAAACAGCAAACCAACAGCUUUGAGCAAGCUUAAGAAAGUGAUUUACAAUAACAACACUACCCCAAAGAGUUUAGCUAGGAGAGUGAGCUUAUACUAUAGAGAUAAUUCCAAUGCUUUGAAAGAGAGGGUGAAAGAAAAUGAUGAAGAUGGCAAGAGGUGUGCUGUUUGCUUGGAAGAUUUUGAACCCAAAGAAGAGGUGAUGCUCACUCCAUGCAACCACAUGUUUCAUGAGGACUGCAUAAUGCCUUGGUUAACAAGUAAAGGCCAGUGCCCAGUCUGUAGGUUUGUGAUUUGGGAGAGGGUGAACAACAACACUUCAUCAUCUUUCAACAGGAAUAAUGAUAUUGUUGCCAAUUUGGAACCUGGUGACCUGAUUGGUGGAGAGCUUUUGUCAAUUCUGAGGGCCAUGGAAGUGGCUUUUCACUUGGGGAGCAUAAAUUACACAUAAGAGUUUUACUAAAAUUAGUCUGCAUCGCAUCAUUAGUAAGAAUUUGCUUAAAGUUGGGGUGAAGGUUUGAUUUAAAAGUUUUUAUCAUGUAAUGUAAAUCUUGAUAGGCGGGGCUUAUGAGUUAUGCAAGCGACAUUGGCAAAAUGAUCAGAGUAAAAAUCAUGUAAUAACCAAUAUUAAGUGUAGUAACUUAAUAUUUUGUCCAUCCUUAUAAUUUUGGAGAUCCCAAAUGUAGUUCAACCAGUAAAAAGAAAGAGAAGUAUUAAAAAUUGUUAAAGUGAAUGUUGAAAACAUUUCUCAAAUAACUAUACCA